AAUCUUAUUUUACGUCUUCCGUGUAGACAGAGAGCCUUUUACCGCGAGCUCUCCUCAAGAAGUAGCAGCUAAUGCUAACUGCAAAUGCUAAAAACUGCAGGGCGAGAGUGUCACCUCUCAGUCACCGGGACAAGACAUAUUUUAAGUAUUUGUUCUGCUUUAAAUCGCUCGAUUUGAUGUUUUCGUGAGCCCUAAUUGGCGAUCAACUGCUUGUAACUAGUUCCACUGUUGUUAUAAUGCAGAAAUAGGAAAUACGCUUGUGUUUCUUCUGCUUACCUCACUAUCUAGUACCAGCAUUUAAAGCUCAAAAUACUGAUAGAUGAUUGGCUCAAAAUGUAUUGUGAGAGAGUUAUUUCUUUGUGUUUUAUGUCUUGUCUCUGGUUAUUUAGUUUUCUGUUAUGAAACCACUAGAUGGUGCACAAAGUCAUGUAUUAUAAGGUACUGUACUGGCGGUCACAAAGCCAUCUCUUCAGCAUCAACACCUCAGUUUAAGAGUUAAUCUGACCGAUGACUGCCUCAAGGAAACUCGUGUCUUUCCGUCUGCCCCCCCUGCCUACAGUCAGUGAGCUUGUAAAGCUGUACAACCUGCGAGCCGAGAAACAGCUCUCUCAGAACUUUCUGUUGGACCUGAGGCUCACAGACAAAAUAGUGCGUCAGGCAGGCAAUUUGAGGGAUGCACAUGUGUGCGAGGUGGGUCCUGGCCCUGGAGGUCUCACUCGUUCAAUCCUUAAUGCCGGGGCUGCAGAUCUGCUCGUGGUGGAGAAAGAUUCACGCUGCAUUCCAGGGCUGAAGCUUUUGUCUGAAGCAGCACCUGGGAGGAUGAGAAUUGUCCAUGGGGACAUCCUCACCUACAGAAUGGACCGAGGAUUUCCAGUCAGUAUCUCAAAGCCAUGGGAGGAAGAACCACCAAACCUUCACAUCAUAGGGAAUCUACCUUUCAGCGUCUCCACCCCUCUCAUCAUCAAAUGGUUGGAGAGCAUGGCUGACAGAACAGGACCCUUUGUCUUUGGACGCACUCGACUAACACUCACAUUUCAGAAAGAGGUGGCAGAGAGGUUGACGGCCAGCACAGGCAGCAAACAGAGAAGCCGUCUUUCUAUUAUGGCGCAGUAUCUGUGCACAGUCCGCAGCUGCUUCACCAUCCCUGGACGAGCCUUUGUCCCUAAACCACAGGUGGACGUGGGAGUGGUUCACUUCACCCCUCUGGUUCAACCUCAGAUCCAGCAGCCUUUCAAACUGGUGGAGAAAGUCGUCAGGAACAUUUUCCAGUUUCGCAGGAAGCACUGCCAUAAAGGAAUAGAAAAAUUGUUCCCUGAGGCAUGUCGUGCUGAGCUGACACAGGAGAUGAUGCAGAGGGCAGAUGUGGACCCCACUCUACGUCCGACAGAUCUCACCAUACCUCAUGUCAGGGCUUUAGCAGACGCCUACGCUCAUCUCUGCACCCGUGAACCUGGUCUAAUCAGCUAUGAUUUCAGGGAGGAGCUCAGAAUGAAGAACCUUGCCAGGCAAAGAAGCACAUCAAUCGACACAUUUGGAGACACAGCAACUUGCACUCCUGCAGAUCCUCAAAAACCCUGCUGAAAAAAGAUGGCAACCAACAGAAGCCGACUAAUAGCUUCUGAUGGCACAGGGUAACAACAGUCUGCUCUUAGCUGUGCCAUUUCCACCUGGCACAAGCAUGAAUUUUUAAAAGGUUGUUCCCUGCUCUCAGAGAGCAAUGGGUAACUUUUACAUGUGAAAUCCUUGGACUGAAUAAGGCUUGUUAAAGUCCAGAGUGUGGUGGAUCUGCGCCAAGGCCUUGUUCCAGGAUCGGACAACUCAAAGCAGAGUCAUAUAUUUGGAGGAGAAUAAAGAAUGCAUGCUCAUUACCCACAGUAGCUCUUUAAAUGAGUAUCUUUUUUUAUGUCCCAAUUCUUCCUUCAGAUCCAACUUGCAUAACACCUUGUCCUGUGGGACCUGAAAGAAAUGUCAGAAUGUUUUCAGGGUGAUUUAGAGAAUGGGAACAACAUGGCAGAGCUAUAUCCAGGGCAUUUUUCCUCCACAAUGCUUUGUCACUUGGGAGAGAGAGCCUAAAGGGAGGAGAAAAAAUGUUUGGAAUUUGUGAGCUUCAAAAAGAUUUUUCUCAAUAGAUUAUUCAAAGGAUGUUAAAAAUAUUUAUUUCUAAACCUGUGUUAAAAAAUAAUUUGUUUCCACUUCAUGCAUGUCAGUCAAACCAAAUUAGCAAUUGUAAAAAUCUUGAAUUUGAAAAACAUAUUCAUAUUUAUUGUGUAGAAUAGAGCUCUUAUAGAUUGUUAUGUAAACUAAACCCUGAUGCUUGAGUUUAUGUUCCAUGCCAAUAAAAACAAUGCAAGUUUGAAA